GCACAGCAGCGCGCACGCUCUGGACUGGAAGGACUCUGCUGUGCAGUCUGAUCAUGUGACGGGCCGCGAGCCCAGGCAAAGCAGAGCGAGACAGUUGUCGGAGACCGAAACGCCAGCUUCAUUGAAAAGCUCCGUUAUUGAGAGCAAGAGACAGGAGAGAUAGACAUUUUCGGUGCACAGACACAGAUAACACAUACCGCAAGCGCUUCUGAACUUCGGGGAAAAGGGACAUUUAAACGGCCUUAAGACAUUCGUUACGAAGAAGGACAAGACAGAUUUAUUAAAAAAAAUUAAAGAUUCAAGAACAGUGGGGCACACGGGAGUUUAUUCUUCAUUCUGAGCAACUUGUGGAAUUAUAAGGGCAUCGUUCAAAAGAAGAAACUACCUCUCACCCUCUUUUCCCGUUUUCUUUUUUUUCUCUGUUUUAUUUAUUUUUUUGUAUCUUCCUUUGCAGCAAGUGAGAGGAGAAGGAACACAAUCGCAGCACUGUGCAUAAAGAAAGUGAUCGCGGCACCGCGAGGCAGAAGGGCUUGCUGCGUUAGCUAGCCAGAGGGGACAGGACAGAGGGUGGAAUAGACACAUCGCGCGCCUCUCGUACGAGCCUGUAUUUUAUAUCGUGUGUUUAUUUAUACGUUUUUAGUGUUGUUUUUUUUUUUUUUUUGCUCCUCGAUUUUGUCAGGGGUGCGUGAUUUUUUUUUUUUUUUUGGAAUAUGGUUGGGGAAAUGGAAACGAAGGAGAAACCGAAGCCGACCCCAGACUAUCUCAUGCAGCUUAUGAACGACAAGAAACUGAUGAGCAGUCUGCCCAACUUCUGCGGGAUUUUCAACCACCUCGAGCGACUGCUGGACGAAGAAAUCAGCCGGGUGCGGAAGGACAUGUACAACGACACGCUGAACGGCAGCGCGGAGAGGAGGGCCUCGGAGCUCCCGGACGCCGUCGGGCCCGUCGUGCAGCUGCAGGAGAAGCUCUACGUGCCCGUCAAAGAGUACCCCGACUUUAACUUCGUGGGCAGGAUCCUGGGACCGCGGGGCCUGACGGCGAAGCAGCUGGAGGCGGAGACGGGCUGCAAAAUCAUGGUUCGAGGGAAGGGAUCCAUGAGAGACAAGAAGAAGGAGGAGCAGAACCGAGGGAAGCCGAACUGGGAGCACCUGAACGAGGACCUGCACGUGCUCAUCACCGUGGAGGACGCUCAGAACAGAGCAGAGAUCAAGCUCAAACGGGCCGUGGAGGAGGUCAAGAAGCUGCUGGUGCCUGCAGCGGAAGGAGAGGACAGCCUGAAGAAGAUGCAGCUUAUGGAGCUGGCCAUUCUCAACGGCACGUACCGGGACGCCAACAUCAAGUCACCCGCCCUCGCCUUCUCCCUCGCAGCGAGCGCCCAGGCCCCCCGAAUCAUAACAGGCCCCGCCCCGGUGCUGCCCCCCGCCGCCCUGCGCACCCCCACCCCCGCCGGCCCCACCAUCAUGCCUCUGAUCCGACAGAUCCAAACCGUCAUGCCCAACGGGACGCCCCACCCCACCGCCACCCUAGUGCCCCCCGGUCCCGAAUCGGGCCUCAUCUACGCGCCCUACGAGUACCCCUACACGCUGGCCCCCGCCACCUCCAUCCUGGAGUACCCCAUCGACUCCAGCGGGGUGUUAGGUAAGCAUUCCGCCCUCCCGCCCCUCUGUCCCUGUGAGUGUCCCGCACCCCACCCCCUGCAGUGGGACCCCGCCUCCCACAAGACCUCCCCAAAUUGCCCCCUGGCCAUUCCUCUAAAUUGCUCCUAUUUGGAAUGGUUCCCCCAAAGCAACGUCCCCCGGAAAUAAAUGUCAGCGUUAACGGAAAGGGGGGGGGGAGGCCGCAAUUAAGAACUGUUUGCAUAAAUGAAACGGCAGUUAAGUGUUUAUGUAAAUUAACAGAAUUUAAACCGAAAAGACCUCCCGCUCUCUCCUCCUGCUCCUCCUCCUCCUCCUCCUGCCCCAAACGGCUUUUUGGUUCGUUGCAACCCGUCAAAAAUUGGGAUAAAAAUAUCUUUGCUGGAAAGACUGAAGCGCUUUUCACGAACAAAAACUCAUCAGAGGUACGGCGAAGGCUCCUCUUCUUCCUCGGCCCUAGAUCACGUGUGUGUGCCUUUGUCGAGCCAGCGAGGCGAGACUGAGGAUUUGAGAUUUGAGGACUCCAUCUGCAUUUCUAUUUUUUUUUUAAAGGGGGGGGUGGGGGGGGCGGGGAUGCUCUGAGGGGGUGGGGGCAUGGAGCCACGGUGCUGAGCGAAGAUUUCACUUUUUCUCUCUUCUUGUGUAACCUAUGCAGCGUCCUCAAAGAACGAAGACCUGUCCUUGUACUUCGGGUUCCAUACCUGUCACUUUCCCAUCACUGCACAGCGAGGAGACCCCUUGUCCAGGGCUCCCUUUUAAAGAACCCGAAAAGAACCAGAUGCCCCCCCCCUCCCCUCGUCCCCGUCCCCCCAUCCCCCAUCCCUCUCUGCACAACCCCCCCCACCCCUCCACCCCCCCCCACCCCUUUGUGUGUAGGAACGGCCGAGGAAAGGCCAGCUUAACCCAAGAAACAAACAAGCUGAACAGAGAGCACUUCCCUGUAUUGUCCACAGGCCUUUUUUUGAAGUGGAUUGUGUCAUUGUUGGUUUUGUUUUUUUUGUUGUUGUUGUGUUUUUUUUUUCAUUGCUUGUGUGUAUACAAUAUCGAAAAAAAAGGGGUGGAGGAAGGAGGAAGAGGCACUAAACCCGCCCCCCGACAUUACUGCAAAUCCUCCUGGGGGGGGGGGAUCCCAAAGGAUGGGACCUUAUUGUGGGGAGGUGGGGGGGGGGGUGAGACUUGGGGUAACAUGAGGACGAUGAGGGGUCAGUGGGGUCACCUGAGGACUGACGGAGAGUGCAGUGAAGGCGGGGGGGGGCGGCACCAGGGGUCAAAGGUCAGGGGCGGGGUAGAGGUGGGGGGACAGUGUUGUGUUGCUUCUCAGAGGAGAGAGACUCCAGGGCACUAAUUCACAUUCCCUUCCUUCAUCCUUUAGGUGUGGCUUUCCCCACGAAAGGCUAAAAGCGUUCAAGAACGGUCUUACUGAGCCCUCAUCCGAGCGUUAACGCAGUGCUUUGUUUCACAGCUGCCUUGAGUAAAUAAACAAACGAAAAAGAAAAAAAAAAAAACACACGCGCUUGGCCUAGCAGUCAGUCAGACAGCCUCCUUACGCUGCCGGCGUUUACAGUGGCAGUGCCCACCCGGGAGACGCUGGUCUUUACGCCAACCCCCCAGUCACUGUGCGCUUGCAAUGCGUACACCCCCACCCCCCCCCCAGACUGUUUCACUGACUGCUACGUUCUGGGAAACCCCAUAUAAUACUUGUCUCGCUUUACUAAUCACAUAAUUCAUUGCGAUUUUUUUCUACUACUUAUUGUUUAUUAAAAAAAAAUAUAUAUAUGAAUAUAUAUAUAUAUAUAUAUAUAUUUAAAAAAUCUCAGAUUUUACUACUGCGGACGUGCCUGAAGCUCUCUCUAGCUCUCUCUCUCUCUCUCUCGUGUCUGAGCCUGCUCCAGAGAGCGUGAUCAGUAUUAUAUUUAACGCGCCGGCUGCCCCUGCGGCAGACUGACUUACGUGACUAGUAAAGCCAGCGCGCGCUCGUGUGUGUGACGCCAGCGGUACUGUACGGAGGGGUCCCGCCACUGCGGACCCACCUGGUUAAUGGCGGCUCCUUAGAGGCGACGGCAGCCAUCUUAGAAAUGACUAUUAGACAUACUGUUUUUUUUUUAUUGUUUUUUUUAUUGUUUUUUUUUUAAAGAAAACCUUCAAUUGUGCCUUAACUUGUAUUUUUGUUUUUCUUUUCUUAUUUGCAUAAUUUGUUAGAUGUGUUUGGUCAUAUAUAUAUAUAUAUAUAUAUAUAUAUAUAUAUAUAUACAUAUAUACAUAUAUAUGUAUAUGUAUACACACAGAUAUACUGUACAAGAUACCUGCUGUUGUUGUGAAGAUUUGUGUAGAAUGCUCUAACUUUGUUUUGGUAAUGUUGCAAUUUGAGCAGGUGCAGUGGCCACUAAGGUUCGAAGGCAUGAUUUGCGGGUUCAUCCUUACCAAAGGAUAGUGACCGCAGACAGAGGUUAGUUUAGCCCCAGUGUUUCCCAUCAUUACCAGUGUUUUUGGUCCCUGCAGCACACACACACACACACACACACAGACACGCGUGUGUGCACGGGGGUAGCUCGAUAGUUGAAACGUUGAAACCGCACGGCUCGCUAUGUUACGCUGGUGACACCACCCCCCCCCCCCCCCGUGGAGAUUGCGGCUCCUUCGUUUCCCGGGAUACGAAGAUCAAAACGGUUCAGUCCAUUCACAUAGCCGGGUGGGGGAGGGACACACAAAAAGAGUUGGCUAGAUGGUGACCACCACACAGUAUCUAAGGACUCUGUCGUUUAGAUAUACGUCUGCGCACAAAUCCUGGACUUCACACGGAAUGGACUGCUUAUUGCCACUCCAUUAUUUUGACGACUGUGUGACUCUUGGCAUACUGUUGAUGACAAAUAAUGGACUCCCCCAAUGUACUGUUUUUUAAUUGCCUGCCCCCCACCCCUCCGCAAGGCUUAAAAAAGUUACAAUUUUUCAGCGCACUUAGCUAAAUCUUCAGCUUCCUGAUCUAUAAAUUAAGAGAAAUCGAGUCUGUCCAUUUGUAUUCAUUUGUUUACACAAAUGACCUUAAUAUAACUUUAGAAUUUAGAAUUUUGAGAUACGCACUCAAGUUUACAUAAAGUUCAGAUGAUCGUAUUUGCCAUAUCUCAGUAUCUCCUGGAUAUAUGAUGGACAGAAUUUUUUCUUCAGUUGCAUCUCUGUCUUGUUUAAAGACAAACUUUUUGGUUACGAGACAAAAUCAAGUGAGUUUAAUAGUUUAACUAAUAACGGCAGUUUUAAUUUUCUGUUCCUCUUCGUGACCUCCUUGGAUUCUCUCAUACAGUGCGGACCGGUUUAAGGAUGGUCCCUGCAGAUGGGGAAGCUAACACAGACCAACACACACUUCAAAUACAUUCUGAUUCAGAGACCAACUAAAGGAUCUAGUAUUCCCUUUACUGUGCCCAAUAGCGACCAACACACAUAAACUAGUCUUACUUUGCCACGUUGAUCGCAAUGAACGGAAAGUUUUCUUUCGUGAUAUUACCCUACGGUUAGGGCUGUCUGUAUGAAGUUAUUGUUCUUUCUUAUGAAAAAGUCUCUUUGAAAAGGAAACAAAAAAGGAGGAUUUGUUCUUGUGUGCCACAGUGCAUCAUACACACCUGCUCUCUCUCUCUCUCUCUCACUCACUCUUUCUCUCUGUCUCUCACACACACACACACACACACACACACACACCCUCUCCCACAUUUGCACGCAUCUCAAACACGCACACUCACAGAUGCAGGUAACGCAGGUAAAUACAUAGUUUAACACAAACGUACAGACAGGGCAAGCAUGCACAUGCCCCCACACACACACACACACACAUUUUGUCCCCUAAUGCCAUACCCAUACUUUACCCUUAGACCCUUAGAACUGUUAUGCAGCUGCUAAACACAGCUCUGAUUGUGCUUCUAGAGUUCCAUGUGUAUGUUGGAUUUUUCCAACAGCUUUUUUUCUGUGUGAUCACUCAGAUACCAUAUAAAACAUAUUGAUAAAACAUAUUUUGAAAUUAGAUAAUAAAUAAAAUGCAAAAGCAUUAUUUAUUGGAGCAAUGGUUAGGGCGAAAUGGCCAUAGCUCUGAAUUCACCUCAGACAGAGCUGAAGGGAGAAUCUGCAUACACAUCACUCGCCUCCUGUCCCACAGUCCUCUUUGCCCAGGGCUGAAAUAUUUAGGACUGCUGGCAGGUAACCGUAAAACACCUCAUCAGAUUUCAUCAUGGACAAAAAAAAAAAAAAAAAAAAACAAACAAACAAAAAAAAAAACUUACAAACGCCAGAGUUUUAUACGCAGCUGUCAGACGAUUCCAGCCUUUCACCACAGAAGAGCCUUCGCCACGCGGUGUCCGCCACAGCCCGCUCCGCGUCGGACGUACCGCUUCACUCCUUCACGCAAACAAUGUGGACCAGUGCGCUUUCUUUUCUACUUGAAAUAAGUAUUUGAAUUCAAGGAGGUAAUUUAUUUUUGUUGCACUUUACAUUCAACGAAACAAUUUUUUUCAAAAUGGCGGUCUGCACUGACAGCUUGACGUGGCCAUGGGUUUUAAGCUAACAUUUUUAACGUGUCAGCAAGCCUAAAUAUUUUUUUGUGUGUUAAUAUGCAUAAAAAGUGGGUCUAAGGGAACUGGUGUGUUGGCAUUACAACAGUGUCUGUGCAAACACAGAGAACCCUUCCUCUGAAAUACUCCUCUUUCAAAAUGACUUUUUUCACCUAAUUCACAUAAAGAGUAACACGACCGUGCCAAAACAUAAACACACACACACAAAACAAUACUUCCUAAAUAUGAAUUAAUGAAGGUUUUAAUACGACUGCCCAACAGAUGGUGAAUUUGUGCCAAGUGAUAUUUAGCUCUGUAUUACUUAAUACAUAACGGAAAAAAAAAAAAACUAAGUUUGGCUCCAGUAACAAAACAGACAAAAAUAUAAAACUGACAAGAUUAAUUAAUUUAAAAAAAAAACAAACGUGAAAUUUGCACAACUGUCAAACCUGUGUGUGACGAGCUGCCUCUGACCGAUGGCCGAGAGGGCGGGGUCGCGGGUGUGAGUUGGGGGUGCGAGGGGUGUGUCUCUUUGCCAGCCGCAUUGGCGACACGUCUGUGAAAUGGCCGCAAAUCACUUCCACCGAGAAAAGAACGUUUCUGAUUGGCUUAGAAGGUCUCAGAAGCUCGAGUUCACGCAAACUGCUACGGCAGCUCCGCUGUGAAGGACAGAUGACGAGUCGGAGCAGUUGAGUUCCCCUUUCACGGGGGGCACGCUCUCUGACGAGUCUUUCGUGGGAACUGUCGUACGAACGGGAACAGCGUUUAUAUUCGUCUUACGAAGAGCUGAUAUUUAAGGGUUUUGGAACGAACGCCACCCCGCUUUGCACCAUCACAGACCCGGCAAUCUGGUCAAGCAGACAGACACUCUCUCUCUCUCUCUCUCUGGGUUUGUGUGCACACCUGACGAGUUUCAAUUCAUUUGAAAAGAGAAAUGGCACAAAUCUGAUUUUGCACUGAACAAACUACAAACGAAAAAAAAAAAAAAAGAAUUACUAUGUCAUCUCAGUUUGCCUCGGACAGGCAAAA